GAAACUACACAUACACAUAGUUACAGUAGUAUCAGUAUAGAUAUGUUUGCUUACAAACAAGUGGCGCGGUAAAAUGCCAAAGCAUAUUAAUAACAAAAAAACGCACAUGCAGUCGCAAUUAUGAAGAUCGAAGUUAUUUUUUAUCGAAAUCAACUGAAAUGUGAGCAUUCAUAGAUGCUUUUACCUUGCUGACUGUCUUUAAUACUUCUUAGUGAAACGAAAAACGAAUGCAAUACACGAGUGUUGAAACGGAUUUGAAGCAAAAUUGACUAUUCGCGAUUACAGUGAAAUGUCAAUAAACAAAUAUUUUGAUUUGGAAUUCAUCGUAAUAUGCAAGCUGGUGUUUAUUUAAAUACAUGAGUUUUCUAAGAAUGUCAAUUUAAUCAAACUAUUUGUUAUUGUCACAUUUAAAUAACCAACGGAAAAAUUUAGCUUCUCUUUACGACGGUGUAAAUUUUUAAAUUAAAUCACCAAAAUGGCAUUAAAUAAGAGUAUUAAACACACUCCUGCUUCACGGAAUGGAUACUUAUCCGAAUUAACAGCUUCGAGUGGAAAUAAAACUAAUUUUUUACUUCCUGUGAGGAUUAAAGUUACUCCAACCCAUACUUGUCCACUUUCAGAUGGGAAAAAGAAUCCUUCAAGAAUGCUGCAACCAGUUUUAAUAAAAGAUUUAUUAAGCUCCCACAAAGAUAGAAAUAGUUCAACUUUAACAUCAGUAUCUACACAAAAGAAGAAGGCUCGUCCCAAAAGAUUGAUGCAGCCAUACUUAAAUACUCAAAGUUGUCGUAAGCCAAAAAAUGAAAAUGAUGAGGAUUUAUUUUUAUUAAGUAGAAAAUCAUAUGGGGAAAGUAAAGUCCGUAGACAGUUGUAUCAAACUUUGGAUUCUCCGCAAAACUUUGGGUUAGAAAAUAAAGAAAAUUCGAGCAAGACUGCAAAGCCAAAGAAAGUAAAAAUUUGUAGUAAUGAAGAAUCUGAGUCUAGAAGUGCUCAAGCUAAGAACAAAAAUAGACAAAGUUUUCUAUUACCUCCUAAUAGUAUUAAAAACAGUUUCAUAAAUAAAACUGGAACAAAAUCCAAAGUUCUGACUAGAGAAAGUGGAAAGAGUACUAUUACAAAUGUAAAUAGACAAACAAAUGGACCUUUACGUGUCAUGGAUACAAGAAAGUCACAAGCAGUUGCUCGAAAAAGUAUCUUGUCAAAGGUAGAACAAAAUGAAGUUGUAGAAUCAGCUUAUUCAACACCUGACUCAGGUGAUAAACAACAGUCAUUGUAUACUACACGAGAUAAAUAUACAAUGACAUCUCCUCUAUUUAAUCGCUGUACAUUUUUAUCGAAAAGUACAUCUGAUUUGAGAAAAUUUGAAAUCAGACCAUCAGUUAUAAUGAGUCCUUCAAAAAGGAAGAGUGAAUUGAACAACCGUAAUAGUAUAGAACUUCCUUAUUCAAAGAUGCAAAAUCUGAGUAAUAUCAAAGAAUUACAGAGUUGCCCUCAGAAUGAUCAAAUUCAUAUUCAGAGAUUUCAAAAAACAGAAUUUGAAUUUUCAGGAAUUAAUAAAUUAGAUGCCAAAAGUAUGAUACAGUUUAAAUCUUUUCUUGAACAAUCUAUUGAAACUUGUGAAGCUCAAGUCUCAAAUCUGAAACAAGUAUUAAGUUUUGUUAAUACUAUGCUAAGCAGUAGUAACACAGAACCAUGUAUGAAAUCAAAUGAAAGUUUCAAUGAUACCGAAAAAUCGAAUAUAUCUAGUAAAUUUAACGUUUAUUAUGAUAAAUCUGACACCACCGAAAUUGUCGAAAAAAGUAUAAAAAUGAAUAAUUUAACUUUUGAAGCAGAGUUGUUAGGCGCAGAAGUUAGCCACGUUAAGCCAUCAGAUUUAGCAGAAAAAAUACCAAAAGAAAAAUUACCAUUGCCUAUAAAGAUCUUGGUGAAUGAAGUAGAUAAAAAACAAGAAGCAAAAAUGUCACCGGUAAAUCUAAGCGACUUGGCUCGUCUGUCAACAAUUGGUGAAGUAUCGUGCGAGGGUGACGAGUUACACAAGUAUGAAUAUGAAAAUAAGGAAAAUCAAUGCAAUUUGCACAUCACCCCCACAACACCGAAAACUCCAAAACAGCUAGUACGAAGAUCGUACUGCGACUCCUCCAACCGACGACGAUCUGCCAGAUUGGCAGCCAAGCGGUUGUCGAUUUCAGAAUCAGAUAAUCAUGACAGUUUCACGAUGCUGGAAAACGAGUUGAACGUUGAACAUCCAACUUCUUCAAAGUCUCUACCUGCAUCGCCAAUGAAAGCGCCAAUGGCAUCGUGGAACAUUAGACAGUGGGAUAAGAAAGUUGAGCGACCACUUAAAGAAUACAUGGCUCUUAAAAUGAACGGCACGUUCCUAGUAACUCCCGACGUUAAGAGGUUCCAGUCUUGUCUAGAUCUCGAACCUACAGAUACACCGCACUCCAGAAAGUCACUGUCACGCAAAAUUUUCAUGGAACUCUGUGACCUUUAUGGCGAAUCUCCUGAAAAGUGAGGGGGUUUAAAUUUUUAAUUCUAGAAGAUUCGAUUAUUUUUCUAACAGUGUUAAAUUAUAAAUUUUGUUUGUUUAAUUUUUCUGAAGCUAUAAUUUCAAAGAUCAUUAUGCAUACCAGCUAUGUUAAACUUCAUUAGAGUAAUUUAUAGUUAAUUUGACAAUGAAUAUGAUGUAAGGAUUUUAUUCAUAAUUUCUCUGUAGAGUACUAUUCUUGAAUAAUUUAUAAUUAUAAUAUUUUGCAUAAUAUUUAUCUGCAAUUGAAGUCUAACAUAUAGAGAUAUUUUAUGUAAUUGAACUAAGAUAAGAAGCUUUUUUCAG